CCUUGUGUACGUGACGCCAUCGCUUAGCGACGGGGUGUCUCCGAAGCCAACGGGGAGGAGGGGAUCGACGGAGAGUAGGGGGCGUGGCUAAGGAGAAGCCGCUGUUGGUGUCGUCGCUAUAAGCAGGGAAACUCCCCCCCCCGAGGCAGUUGGCGAACAGAACCAGGAGCCAGAUAUAGUAAGAGACAAGAAAGAAGAAAAAGUUGAGCCGAUAAGAAGAAAAAAGAAAGAAAAUGGGAUAUAGGACAAAGCAUUCAUAGAAUAUCUUCUUGCCUCAUCCGAUUACAUGUUUAUUCAGAAGUGAAGUUCCACUGACUUCAAUUUACUCCUAGUGAAAAAUGACCACUGCUAACAAGACACCCCCCGGUGCAGAUCCAAAGCAAUUGGAAAGGACUGGAACUGUUCGAGAAAUAGGAUCACAAGCUGUUUGGUCACUUUCAUCUUGUAAACCAGGAUUUGGUGUGGACCAGUUACGUGAUGAUAAUCUAGAAACAUACUGGCAGUCUGAUGGAUCACAACCUCAUUUGGUGAACAUCCAGUUCAGAAGGAAAACAACAGUGAAGACAUUGUGUAUUUAUGCAGAUUAUAAAUCUGAUGAAAGCUACACUCCAAGUAAAAUCUCUGUCAGAGUAGGAAACAACUUCCACAAUCUGCAGGAAAUCCGGCAACUUGAAUUAGUGGAACCUAGUGGCUGGAUUCAUGUACCCUUAACAGAUACUCAUAAGAAACCCAUUCGUACUUUUAUGAUUCAGAUUGCUGUUUUAGCCAAUCACCAAAAUGGAAGAGACACUCAUAUGCGACAAAUCAAGGUGUAUACACCAGUGGAGGAAAGUUCUAUUGGUAAAUUUCCUAGAUGUACAACAAUUGAUUUCAUGAUGUAUCGUUCAAUCAGGUAAACGAAGAACAAUUUUGCACUAUAACAAUGUAUUUUUCUCUGAUUUUCAAAUAAAGACACAAAACCUG